AUGUCGCGGCGCGACUUUCUCAACCAACAAGCCCCCGAAAACUACGUCGCUGGUCUCGGCCGAGGCGCCACCGGCUUCACUACUCGGUCCGACUUGGGCCCUGCUCGAGACGGACCUAGCGCUGAACAAAUCCAAGAAGCUCUUGCGAAACGAGCUCAGCAACUCGGUGCAGCGCCCCCGACCGCAUACGGCGCCGCGGCCAAGAAGCAGGAGCAGGAAGAAGAGGAUGAUGAUCGGUUUCAGGACCCAGAUAAUGAGACCGGCUUGUUCGCCUCCGGCAAUUUCACACAAGACGACGACGAGGCAGACAGAAUCUAUCAGGAUGUGGACGAAAGAAUGGGCAAGCGUCGGAAAAGACUGAGGUUAGUACCACCACCCUUCCUAGUUGCCCUUCCUCCCUGCACAAAGACACGUGGUUUAUCUUUUCCACAUGGGAAUGAACAGAUUACCGACGUGAUUCCUUCGCCGUCCUCUAGGGAAGAACGAGAACGAGAAGAACUCGAAGAAUAUAAUCGCAAGAACCCCAAAAUCUCUGAUCAGUUUGCCGAUCUGAAACGAGGCCUCGUUACAUUAUCCGACGAAGACUGGGCCAACAUCCCAGAUCCCGGUGACCUAACAGGCAAGAAUCGGCGGGCGAAACAGAAUCGAUUAAACCAGCGCUCUUAUGUCGUCCCUGACAGCGUCCUUGCGAGGGCUCGGGAUUCUGCCGAGUUUUCGACCAGCGUGCAAGAUGAUGCUGCGGACGGCGCCGUCACCAGUGCAGAUCACAAAGACGGGACGAUGACAAACUUUGCCGAUAUUGGUGCCGCAAGAGACAGAGUGUUACAAACUAGGUUGGACAGGGCGGCAAAGGCGGACGCCGGCACGGGCACAGCAACGACAAUUGAUCCAAAGGGAUAUCUCACCAGUCUGGAGACGUCAGAAUUCGAUCCCUCCAAGGUACAGCUCGGCGAGAUCCAACGAGUUAGGACCUUGCUCGACUCCGUGAUCAAGACAAAUCCCAAGCACGCGCCAGCAUGGAUUGCCGCGGCCCGCCUGGAGGAGUACGCUGGCAAGAUUGUUGCGGCAAGGAAAAAGAUGGCACAGGGCUGUGAGAUGUGCCCGAAGAGUGAAGAUGCCUGGUUGGAAAAUAUCCGACUCAACGAAGGGCAGAACGCUAAGAUCAUCGCCGCAAACGCCAUCAAGAACAAUGAGCGGUCGACGAGAUUGUGGAUUGAAGCCAUGAGACUGGAGACGGACCCUCGAGCCAAGAAACGGGUUCUCCGGCAAGCGAUCGACCAUAUUCCACAAUCAGUGGCGAUCUGGAAAGAAGCAGUGAAUCUGGAAGAGGAUCCUGAAGAUGCGAAACUGUUACUGGCGAAGGCCACGGAGAUUAUUCCGUUGUCGGUUGAGCUCUGGCUUGCUCUGGCCCGUCUGGAGACGCCGGAAAACGCUCAGGCUGUCCUCAACAAGGCCCGAAAAGCCGUGCCCACCAGCCACGAAAUUUGGAUCGCUGCAGCCAGACUACAAGAACAAAUGGGCAACGCCAACAAAGUCAACAUCAUGAAUCGUGCUGUGAAAGCAUUAGUGAAGGAAGGGGCCAUGCUCAAGCGCGAGGAAUGGAUUACGGAGGCCGAAAAGUGCGAAGAGGAAGGCGCUGUCUUGACAUGCGGUGCUAUCAUCCGGGAGACUCUGGGCUGGUCUCUGGAUGAGGACGACGACCGAAAGGAGAUCUUCAAGGACGACGCCAAGGCAAGUAUUGGGCGAGAGAAGUUUGAGACUGCCCGAGCCAUCUAUGCCUACGCCUUACGGGUCUUCCCCACCAGCAGAUCCCUGUGGCUGGCCGCAGCUGAUCUGGAGAGGAAUUACGGCACCAAGGACGCCUUGUGGCAAGUCCUGGAAAAGGCUGUCGAGGCCUGUCCGCAAUCAGAAGAACUGUGGCUCCAGCUCGCAAGGGAGAAAUGGCAUGCGGGCGAAGUUGACGAUGCCCGCCGGGUGCUCGGCAAAGCAUUCAAUCAAAAUCCCAACAAUGAGGAGAUCUGGCUUGCCGCGGUCAGAUUGGAGGCCGACGCCGGGCAGGUCAGUCAAGCACGAGAACUUCUGGCGACGGCAAGGCAAGAGGCGCCAACUGAGCGAGUGUGGUACAAGAGCGCGGCAUACGAAAGACAGCUGGGCAACACUGAUGUCGCCCUCGACUUGGUCCUCCAGGGCCUCACAUCGAGAGUGAUAGACAAGAAAGAGACACGCUUUCCCCGAAGUCCCAAGCUGUGGAUGAUGAAGGGGCAGAUUUACGAGGACAAGGGGAUGAUACCACAGGCACGGGAAGCGUAUGCGCAAGGGACCAGAGCGUGUCCCAAAUCUGUUCCGUUGUGGCUUCUCGCAGCGAGACUCGAACAGAAGCAGGGCGUCAUUAUCAAAGCCCGAUCUGUGCUGGACCGUGCACGCCUCCAGAACCCCAAGAAUGCGGAACUGUGGGUCGAGAGUGUCAGAGUCGAGCUACAGGCCAACCCACCCAAUGUGCAACAAGCCAAGAUUCUCUUGUCCAAGGGAUUGCAAGAGUGUCCCAAGUCAGGGCUUCUCUGGUCUGAGAACAUCUGGAAAUUGCAACCGAGGACGCAACGGAAACCGUUGAGUCUUGAAGCCAUCAAGGCUGUGGAUAACGAUCCUGUGCUGUUCGGGACGGUGGCCCGGAUCUUCUGGAGCGAGCGAAAACUGGACAAAGCGAUGAACUGGUUUGAGAAGGCGCUUGUAGUGGAUCCUGACCUGGGAGACAGCUGGGCUUGGUACCUCAAGUUUCUGAUGCAGCACGGUACUGAAGAGAAACGGGAAGAUGUUAUUGCAAAGUGUGUUGCGAAUGAACCAAAGCACGGCGAGGUGUGGCAGAGAGUGAGAAAAGACCCUAAGAACGCGUCUCUGAGCACCAAGGAGGUGUUGAUGGAGGUGAUGAAGCAGUUGGAAGCGAAGGAGGUCAUUAACUGA